AUGGAGCCAGCACUGGGGCCUGGGGUCCAGAAGGACCUGGGUUACCUGCAGCAGUGGCUGAAGGCCUUCGUAGGUGCCUUCGAGAAGAGCAUCUCACUAUCAUCUCUGGAGCCACGCAGGCCGGAGGAAGCAGGUGCGGAGGUGCCGCUGCUGCCGCUGGACGCGCUGCACGUGCUGGCGGAGCAGCUGGACCAGGGGGAUCUGGAGCAAACGCUGCUGCUGCUCAAGCUCUUCAUCAUCCUCUGCAGGAACCUGGAGAAUGUGGAGGCAGGCUGGGGCCCGGUGCUGGUGCCCCGGGUGCUGGCACUGCUGACCCAGUUGGUGGCCAAGCUGAAAGGAUCCCCAGCACUGCAGGAGUGCGAGGGCCCCAAGCUGGAGGAAGUGGCCCUGCAUGCCCUCCUCCUCUGUGAGGGCCUCUUUGACCCCUACCAGACCUGGCGGCGCCAGCAGAGCGGGGAAGUCAUCAGUGCCAAGGAGAAGAGCAAAUACAAGUUCCCUCCUGCUGCUUUGCCCAGCGAAUUCAGAGCCUUCUUCCCAGAGAGCCUGCAGGAUGCAGAUCGGCUGCCUCCCAUGCUGUUGCUGCGUCUCAUCCACCUCUUUGGCGCUGUCCUUGCAGGAGGGAAGGAGAAUGGGCAGGUGGCCGUGAGUGCUGGCUCUGUGCAGGGCCUGCUGGGAGUGGUGCAGGGCUGCGGCCGUGGGCCAGCCCAGGACUCCCACCUAGUGUCGCUGGCUCUUGAGGCACUGGUGGGCGCAGUACAUGUCCUGCAUGCCAGCCGCACACCGCAUCGAGGUCCAGAGCUCCACGCCCUACUUGAGGGCUACUUCCGAGUCCUUAAUGCUGACUGGCCGGCUGAACCAAGCCCAGGCCCUGAAGAGGCCCUUGUCACCCUACGAGUCAGCAUGCUUGAUGCCAUCCCCAUGAUGCUGGCCUGUGAGGACCGACCUGUGCUCCAGGCCACCUUCCUCAGCAACAAUUGCUUUGAACACCUGAUUCGCCUCAUCCAGAAUAGCAAGCUAUAUCUGCAGACCCGGGCGCCCCCUGAGGGGGACAGUGACCUAGCUACCUGGUUACUGACCGAGCCCGAUGUCCAGAAGGUACUAGACCAGGACACAGAUGCCAUUGCAGUCCACGUAGUCAAAGUGCUGACCUGCAUCAUGAGCGGCUCCCCGUCAGCCAAGGAGGUGUUUAAGGAGCGCAUCGGCUACCCUCACCUGCAUGAGGUUCUGCAGAGCCAUGGUCCCCCCACCCACCGACUGCUGCAAGAGCUGCUCAACAUGGCUGUGGAGGAUGACCACAGCAUUUGCCCACCACCGCCAAUCUGCAACGAGCAGCCGGUGCUGGUGCUGAUGCAGUGGCUGCCGGUGCUGCCCACGGCUGAGCUGCGGCUCUUCCUUGCACAACGCCUGCGGAGGCUCUGUGACAGCUGCCCCGCCAGCCGCGCCACAUGCGUGCAGGCCGGUCUGGUGGGCUGCCUGCUGGAGACGCUCAGCAUGGGGGUAGCCCUGGGGACCCGCUGCCAGGAGCAGCUGCUGGCACUGCUGCAAGCAUUGGGCCGCGUGUCACUAAGGCCCUUGGAGCUGCGUCGCCUGCUUCACCCCCCGCCAGGGCUGGACUCGGAGCCGGGAGGCGCCGAGGCAGGGGGUGCCCGACACGCAGGAGCUGUCAUCCGCGCGUUGUCAGGCAUGGCCCGGCACCGGGGCCCUGCGCGAGCCCUGCACUACUUCGACCUCACGCCCAGCAUGGCGGGCAUUAUGGUACCUCCCGUGCAGCGAUGGCCAGGAGUUGGCUUCACCUUCCACGCCUGGCUCUGUCUGCGCCCCACGGCCGCAGCCCCCGCCCUGGCCCCCGCCCGGCCACUGCAGCGGAAGCAGCUGUACAGCUUCUUCACCAGCAGUGGCUCGGGGUUUGAGGCCUUCUUCACGGCGGCUGGGACCCUGGUGGUGGCCGUGUGCACCCGGAAGGAGUACUUGACCGUGAGCUUGCCUGAAGUGUCCUUUGCCGACUCUGCCUGGCACUGUGUGGCCAUCGUCCAUGUGCCUGGGCGGCUCUUCAGCCAGAACCUGGUGCAUGUCUACAAAGAUGGCCAUCUGGUCAAAACAGCACCCCUCCGCUGCCCCUCCCUCAGUGAGCCUUUCUCCUCCUGCUGUAUCGGCUCCGCUGGGCACCGCACGACGACCACCACCACCGGGCUGCCCGGGCCACCAGUCCCCCCUGCCCUGGCUCACGCCCACCCCUCCCUCAUCCGCUCCCAGUCAGUCCCGGCGACCGCAGGGCUUGGCUGGGGGUCCGGGCUGGUGGCCCCCCUCCAGGAGGGCAGCAUCAGCUCCACCUUUGCAGGCACCCAGGACACUCGGUGGGGAAGCCCCACAUCCCUGGAGGGCGAGCUGGGGGCCGUGGUCAUCUUCCAUGAGGCCCUGCAGGCAGCGCCCCUGCAGGUGCUGUGCACCCUGGGGCCCAAUGAGACAGCACCCUUCAAGCCCGAGGGUGAACUGCAUGAACUUGCUACCAAGCUGCUCCUCCAUUACUCACCUCAGGCCUGUAAGAACAACAUCUGCCUGGACCUGUCCCCUGGCCACGGGCUGGAUGGCCGCCUGACAGGCUAUAGGGUAGAGACCUGGGACGUGAAGGAUGUGGUGAAUUGCGUGGGAGGCAUGGGUGCCCUGCUGCCCCUACUGGAGCGAGUAGCUGCACAGCCCCAAGAGGCUGAAGCAGGUCCAACUGAAACACAUGACCUUGUGGGGCCUGAGCUGACCUGUGGCCACAACACCCAGGGCCUGCUUCUCCCACUGGGCAAGUCCCCAGGAGAGGAGCGAAUGGAAAGGAACGCAAUAGCUGCCUUUCUGCUGAUGCUGCGGAACCUACUGCAGGGCCACGCUGUGAACCAGGAGAGCCUGGUACAGUGCCAGGGGCCUGCCAUCAUAGGGGCCCUCCUGCGCAAGGUCCCCAGCUGGGCCAUGGACAUGAAUGUGUUCAUGUCUGCCCAGCUGCUGAUGGAGCAGGUGGCAGCUGAGGGCAGUGGGCCCCUCCUGUACCUGCUCUACCAGCAUUUGCUCUUCAACUUUCACCUCUGGAGCCUCAGCGACUUUGCUGUACGCCUCGGCCACAUCCAGUACAUGUCCAAGAUAGUCUGUGAGCACAGACAGAAACUGCGGAAGAAGUACGGGGUCCAGUUCAUCCUCGAUGCCCUGCGUACACACUAUGGCCCGCAGCGGGAGCGCCCCCUAGCGGCUGAUGACCUGUGCACGGUGCAGACUUCGCUCCUGCGCCUGGCGCGUGAGUUCCUGGUACCAAGCUCCCCCGUUGAUGACAUGCAGGUUGUGCUGAGUUUUCUGGCAGCUGCAGGUGAUGAUGGCCAGGUGCUGGGCGCCCUGGACCUGCUGCUGGCACUGCUGCAGGGCUCACCAGCACAGGAGUCCCUGGCUGUCUUCCUGCUGGAGCUGGGAAACCUGGAGGUGCUGCUGACACUGCUGGUGCGGCCAAGGCCACCGCCCCUGCUGGCCGACCGAGUCUGCAAGAUCCUGCGCAGACUGCAGCACAAUGAGCGCUUACCUGAGCAGAGCCGCCAGCGGCUCCGGCUUCAAGAGUGUGGCCUCCAGGGGCUCGUCGCCUGCCUGCCGGAGGGGGCGGUUUCCCUCGAGCUCUUCAAGGGACUCUAUAAGCUGUUCCUGGAGACAGAUUUCCUGAACCUCUCAGAUCUGAUGGCUAUGGUGCAGCUGUCCCUCCAGGCUGACCUCAGCAUCCGCCUGUACAUCUGUCGCAAGCUCUUCCACAUGAUCUACAGACCACCCAACAUUGUGCGGUUGCUGGCCCGACAGGCCGGCUGGCAGGAUGUUCUGACCCGGCUGUACGUGCUGGAGCCUGCCAUGGCCAGCAGUCCCCUGCCCUUUCCCCCAGAGCUGCCCGCCUCCCCAGAGCCAGCCUUACCCAAGCCACUCACUGAAUCACCUGAAUCUUCAGACGUCUUCCUGCCCUCAGAGGCCUCCUGCCCCAACCCUGAUGCCUUUUACCAAGCUCUCUCCCCGUUCUGCGCACCCUUUGACCUGGUCCUGGAACGGUCCAGCGUGGACUCAGGCAACAUUGCUGGUGGCGGUGGCAGCAGCAGCAGUGGGACUCUCACUCCAGCCAGCCAGCCUGACACACCUUCCCCACUGGGAGGGCCCCGGCCCUUCCCUGCUGCCCCUGGCCGCCACAGCUCCAGUCUCUCCAAUGUGCUGGAGGACGGCAGCCUCCCAGAGCCCGCCUUCAGUGGAGAUGACACCUCUAAUACCAGCAACCCUCAGCAAACCCCUGAGGAGGAGCUGUGCAACCUGCUCACCAACGUGCUGUUCUUGGUGACAUGGCGGGGUGUGGAAGGUAGUGAUGAGGUCGCCUGGCGGGAACGUGGCCAGGUCUUCUCAGUGCUCACCCAGCUGGGGGCCUCAGCCACACUUGUGCGCCCACCAGACUGCAUCAAGCGCAGCCUCCUGGAGAUGAUGCUGGAGUCAGCCCUGACUGACAUCAAAGAGGCCCCUGCUGGGAUGCUGGCCAGCCUCAACCAGCAGGUACUUUGGCUGCUGCGCCUGCUGCAGGACUUCCUGUGCUCCGAGGGCCAUGGCAACCAGGAACUGUGGAGUGAGAAGCUCUUUGAAGGCGUGUGCAUUCUGCUUGAUCGCCUGGGAGCCUGGUCACACCUGGCCAACGGCACAGCGGAUCUCCGAGAGAUGGCACAGAUUGGCCUGCACCUCGUGCUUGGCUAUAUCCUGUUGGAAGACCCAGAGCUGCACUCCCAGGCCUAUGUGAAGUUGCACACGCUGCUGCAGACUGCAGUGCCCAUGCGCUGGGAGGAGGCCUGCUAUGUGCUCUCCAAGUUGGAGGCUGCACUGGCACGGGUGCUUAACACCUCCCCCUGUGAGAUGGCCACUGAGGACCCGGAGCCCCCAACUAUAGCUGCUGCCUCUGUGGAUCGCUGCUCGUGGCUGGUGCCGCUGGUGCGAACGCUUCUGGACCGAGCCUACGAGCCACUGGGGCUGCAGUGGAGGCUGCCUUCCCUGCCACCCACCAACGGCAGCCCCACCUUCUUUGAGGACCUCCUGGCCUUUUGUGCCACACCCGAAUGGCGUCACUUCAUCGACAAGCAGGUGCAGCCCACCAUGUCCCAGUUCGAAAUGGACACCUACGCUAAGAGCCACGACCUCAUGUCAGGCUUCUGGAACUCCUGCUACGACACACUCAUGAGCAGUGGGCAGCGGCUGCAGCGAGAGCGGGCACAUAGCCGUCGGGUUUUCCAGGAGCUGGUGCUGGAACCCGUGCAGCGGCGGGUGCGCCACGAGGGGCAGCGCUAUGCCACAGCUCUGAAGCAGCAGGCCACGCAGCACUCUACGGUCCUGCUGCACUGGGGGGCGCUGUGGCGUCAGCUCUCCAGCCCCUGCGGGGCCUGGGCCCUGAGAGAUCCCCCCACCCCCCGGUGGAAGAUGUCCAGUGCCGAGACAUACUCACGCAUGCGUCUGAAGCUGGUGCCCAACCAUCACUUCAACUCUCAUCUGGAAGCCAGUGCCCUACGUGACAACCUAGGUGAGGCUCCCCUAACACCCACUGAGAAGGCGUCGCUGCCUCUAGCAGUAACCAAAGAGGCCAAAGUCAGCACCCUACCCGAGGAGCUGCAGGAAGACCAGCUGGGCGAGGAUGAGCUGGCUUCACUGGAGACUGUGAUGGAGGCAGUGGAACUGGACCAGCAGCAUGAGAAACUGGUGCUGUCAGCUGAAUGCCAACUGGUCACAGUGGUGGCUGUGGUCCCAGGGCUGCUGGAGGUCACCACACAGCACAUAUACUUCUACGAUGGCAGCGCUGAGCGUGUGGAAACUGAGGAGGGCAUUGGCCAUGACUUCCGGCGCCCGCUGGCCCAGCUGCGAGAGGUCUACCUACGGCGUUUCAACCUGCGCCGCUCAGCACUCGAGCUCUUCUUUAUUGAUCAGUCCAGCUACUUCCUCAACUUCACAAGCAAGACACGGAACCAGGUCUACAAGUGGCUCCUGAGUCUGCGACCCCCUACCCAGGGCUACCUAAGCAACCGCUCCCCGCAGGAGAUGCUGAGAGCCUCAGGCCUUACCCAGAAAUGGGUACAGCGUGAGAUAUCCAACUUCGAGUACCUGAUGCAACUCAACACCAUUGCGGGGCGGACCUACAACGACUUGUCUCAGUACCCUGUGUUCCCCUGGGUCCUACAGGACUACGUGUCCCCAACCCUGGACCUCAGCAACCCGGCUGUCUUCCGGGACCUGUCCAAGCCCAUCGGUGUGGUGAACCCCAAGCAUGCCCAGCUCGUGAGGGAGAAGUAUGAGAGCUUUGAGGACCCAGCGGGCACUAUUGACAAGUUCCACUAUGGCACCCACUAUUCCAACGCAGCGGGCGUGAUGCACUACCUCAUCCGCAUGGAGCCCUUCACCUCCCUGCACAUCCAGCUGCAGAGUGGCCGCUUUGACUGCUCUGACCGGCAGUUCCACUCGGUGGCCGCAGCCUGGCAGGCCCGCCUGGACAGCCUGGCUGAUGUGAAGGAGCUCAUCCCAGAGUUCUUCUACUUCCCAGACUUCCUGGAGAACCAGAACGGCUUUGACCUGGGCUGUCUCCAGCUGACCAACGAGAAGGUGGGCGACGUGGUGCUGCCCCCGUGGGCUAGCUCUCCCGAGGACUUCAUCCAGCAGCACCGCCAGGCUCUGGAGUCCGAGUAUGUGUCCGCCCACCUGCACGAGUGGAUUGACCUCAUCUUUGGCUAUAAGCAGCGGGGGCCGGCUGCAGAGGAGGCCCUCAAUGUCUUCUAUUACUGCACCUAUGAGGGGGCUGUGGACCUGGACCACGUGGCAGAUGAGCGGGAGCGGAAGGCUCUGGAAGGCAUUAUCAGCAACUUUGGGCAGACUCCCUGUCAGCUGCUAAAGGAGCCACAUCCAGCUCGGCUCUCAGCUGAGGAAGCAGCCCAACGCCUUGCACGUCUGGACACUAACUCACCUAGCAUCUUCCAGCAUCUGGACCAGCUCAAGGCCUUCUUCGCGGGGCUUAUCAGUGAUGGCGUGCCCCUGGUGCUGGCCCUGGUUCCCCACCGGCAGCUCCAUUCCUCUAUGACCCCAGACCUGCUGGUGACCGUAAGUGCCAAUGGGCUGCUGGGCACCCACAGCUGGUUGCCCUAUGAUCGUAACAUAAGUAACUACUUCAGAUUCAUCAAAGACUCCACCAAGGUGCAGCGACUGCUGAGUGGCCCAUGGGUACCGGGCAAUGGUGUGAGUGGGCAAGCCCUGGCAGUGGCCCCCGACGGAAAGCUGCUGUUCAGUGGUGGCCAUUGGGAUGGCAGCCUUCGAGUGACAGCGCUACCCCGGGGCAAGCUGUUGAAACAGAUCAGCCGCCACCUUGACAUAGUGACCUGCCUUGCACUGGACACCUGUGGCAUCUACCUCAUCUCAGGCUCCCGGGACACCACGUGCAUGGUGUGGCAGCUUCUGCAGCAGGGUGGUAUCUCGGUGGGACUGGCAUCAAAGCCCAUACAGGUCCUAUACGGGCAUGAGGCUGCAGUGAGCUGUGUGGCCAUCAGCACUGAACUUGACAUGGCUGUGUCUGGAUCUGAGGAUGGAACUGUGAUCAUCCACACUGUACGCCGUGGCCAGUUUGUAGCAGCACUACAGCCCCCGGGGGCCGUGCUGCCCGGACCUGUGUCCCACUUGGUGCUGGGGUCUGAGGGCCAGGUUGUGGUGCAGAGCUCAGCGCGGGAGCGUCUAGGGGCUCAGAUCACCUACUCUUUGCACCUGUACUCAGUGAACGGGAGGUUGCGGGCUUCGCUGCCCCUGGUGGAACAGCCCACAGCCCUGGCAGUGACAGAGGACUUUGUUCUGUUGGGCACAGCCCAGUGUGCCCUGCACAUCCUUCACCUGAACAAACUGCUGCCGGCCGCGCCUCCCCUGCCCAUGCAGGUGCCCAUCCGCAGCAUGGCUGUGACCAAGGAGCGCAGCCACGUGCUUGUGGGUCUGGAGGAUGGCAAGCUUAUCGUGGUGGGCGCGGGACAGCCCUCCGAGGUGCGCAGCGGCCAGUUCGCUCGCAAGCUGUGGCGGUCCUCACGGCGCAUCUCGCAGGUGUCCUCUGGGGAGACCGAGUACAAACCCGAAGAGGCCCGCUGACCACCUGCCCGGUGCCCAGCGCGGGCUCCGCCCGGAGGGCGCCCACUCUGGAGUCCU